GAUAAUUGUUUUGCGUGACGCUAACGUAGCCAUUGCUUCCUUUAGUUGUGGUCACAUAUUUUGUAUAAAAGAUGACAGUAAACGUGUUCAAUCCCAAACAUUUGGUCAGCUCCGACUUUGGAUACUUGGAUCAGAUACAGAAAAUAACCAGGUCCAAACAUGCAGGUCACAGGUCUUAUUCUUGUCGUUAUCCUGGGUCUGGUAGCCGUGCAGGCCAUCCAACAAGGAUCAUAUUAUAGUGGAGGAUACGGUAGAAGACUUAGUGGAUACAGUACCGGAUACGGAUCACUCAAUGGGGGAUACAGAUCACUUUAUGGUGGAUUAGGUAGAGGAUAUGGUUCCCAUUUGGGGAGAUAUGGAUCACGGUAUGGUGUAUAUGGAUCACUUUAUGGUAGUGGAUAUGGAUCUCAGUAUGGUGGAUAUGGACAAGGGUCGCUUUACAGUGGAUACGGAAGUCUCUAUGGAGGAUACGGACAAGGGUCGCUUAAUGGUGGAUACGGAAGUCAAUAUGGAGGAUACGGACAAGGGUCGCUUUACAGUGGAUACGGAAGUAGUCAUGGUGGAUACGGACACGGAUCACUUUACAGUGGAUACGGAAGUCGGUAUGGAGGAUACGGACUAGGAUCGCUUUACAGUGGAUACGGAAGACGGCAUGGAGUGUACGGACACAAAUCAAUUCACAGUAGAUACGGAAGCCGUUAUGGUGGAUACGGACAAUACGGUCACGGAAGUAACUCAAUGUAUGGUCGCCAUGGCGUUUAUGGAUCUCAUUAUGGCGGUUCUGGUUCAUAUGGACACCGAUCAUAUGGCUAUUAAUAAAGAAAUCCAGUACAAAGAAGUGCGGGGAGUUGAGAUUACGAUCCUUUUCACAUUGACAUUGCAUUUGUAUUUGUUUUCGUCCUUUAUCUUCUUAAUAAAUCUCUGUUCAUCCGUU